AUGAUACUUACAUGUGCUCGAGCGGCUAUCCGCUCUCGUACGAAUUCACCACCUGCAACAUGUAUAUUUAAAUAUUCACUGGCUCGACGCCAAUUUACCAGCACAUCGUGGCGCAAAGAAGACCCGCGCAUUGAGUCCAUGGGCAGAGAGAUCACCGAUGAGUUCGCAGUGAUCCGUGAAGAAUAUGCUACACCUAAGCACACAAUCGUCCUCGCACACGGCCUCCUUGGCUUCAGUGAACUGCGCCUCGCAGGCCAGUUCCUCCCCGGACUAAAAUACUGGCGUGGUAUUACAGAGGCACUUUCGGCGAAGGGAAUUGAGGUCAUCGUAGCGACCGUCCCGCCAAGUGGCAGCGUUGAAGCAAGAGCAGCAAAGCUGGCAGAGAGCAUUGCAGCGAGAGCCAAAGGAAAGGAGGUUAACAUCAUUGCACACAGCAUGGGAGGCCUCGAUUCGCGCUAUAUGAUUAGUCAACUCAAACCGACUGAUUUCACGAUCAAGUCUCUUACGACCAUCGCGACACCGCACCGAGGUUCUUCGUUCGCAGAUUAUAUGUUCGAGACAAUUGGGCCUCGCAGGAUCAAGAGAGUAUACAAAGUCAUCGAAUAUUUUGGUUUCGAGACUGGCGCGUUCUCUCAGCUAACGCUGAAGUAUAUGCGUGAGAGUUUCAAUCCACGAACGCCGGACAUUGAAGAUGUCAGAUACUUCUCUUAUGGUGCGUCUUUAGAACCUUCGAGGUGGUCUGUUUUUGCUCCCUCACAUGCGAUCGUUAAGCGGGAAGAAGGAAUCAACGACGGUCUUGUUAGCGUCUCGUCGAGUCAAUGGGGAGAUUACAAAGGAACGUUGAUCGGCGUCAGUCAUCUUGACUUGAUUAAUUGGACCAACCGUAUGAAGUGGUGGCUUUGGGAGUUGACUGGAAGUAAGAGAACUUUCAAUGCCAUUGCAUUGUAUCUUGAUAUAUGUGACAUGCUCGCCAAAGAAAAGUUGUAGCUUGAUGUCAAGUUCUUAUAGAUCGAUUCUACAUCGACAAUGGUUUCGACGUUGAAUGAGGUACGAGAGGCGGGAUGCGAGAUGUCGCGAUUAUGAGUUAGUGCUUAUGGCACCCAUCGAUAGGGAGCAGUGUGAGAUAAUGCCUCUCAUCAGUCCUGUGGUGCGGC